AUGUGUAACGACGAAGAAGGUUUGACGGAAGAGCAGUUGAGGGAGGUGUUCAAAGCGACGUCGGCGUUUACCAUGCGCAAAGCGAUGAAAGCCGAAGACGCCGCCGUGUUUGGUUUCGACGAGUUUGAACGAGACUUUUACAAGGAAUACGACGACGAAGAUAUGGAACAGUACGACGACGAAGACGCGGAGUUUUGGGAAAUGAUGACUGGGAAACGCCGAUGGCCAAAACCGUUGAAAGCGAAGAGAGGACCGAGAGAACCGAAAGAGCCAAAGGCGCCGAGAGAGCCGAAACCGCAAAAGUCGCACAUGAUUACGGCGUACAACAGCGAUACCGGGUUUAUGAUUCGAAAGAAGAAAUUCUUCGACCCGCGCGAGUUGAAUAUUUUCAAAUUACCGAAACACGAUUUACCGAGCGAUCCGUUACCGAUCACGUGGGGGAGAGCAGUAAAACCUUUCGUGCCAAAGGACGUGAGAGCGAAAGAACUCGCCACGGUUCCAGAUUGCACGCAAUUGAAGAUGAAGAUUGACAAAAACAUGGACUUUUCGAAGCUCUCGAAGGAUUAUUUGGGCGUCUUGAUGAACCCGCCGUGGAACAUCGAUCAAGCUCCGGAUAAAGGGAACGUGACUGUGGAAGAUAUCGCGCAGUUACCGUUAGAAACGUUAACUCCGCUCGGUUUUAUUUUCAUUUGGGUCGAAAAGGAAAACUUAUCGUUGGUCUGCGACGUCAUGCACGAGAAGAACUUCAACUACGUGGAAAACUUGACGUGGGUGCAAAUGCAACCGAACAACGUCGUCGUCGGCACGGAGUCUCGCUACUUGGCGCGUUCCCACAGAACGUUGCUCAUCUUCAGGCGAUCGGUGACGAUGUUUCCGGAUGGUAAAGCGAUCGAGUUGAGACAUCAGCGUAACUCGGACGUGACUUUAGACGUCGUAGAAACGACCAAAGCGGGUAGAAGAAAAAUCCCAGAGCACGUUUACAACUCCAUCGAAACGUUGUUACCGACCGCGUAUAACAAGAAGAAUCCGGGUACUCCGGGGAAGCUUUUAGAGCUUUGGGCGGAAGAAGGGAACAAGAGAGCGGGCUGGACGAGCAUCGUGGAUACUCCUUAA